AUGCUGUCGAGCGACUUCAAAACGCCUGCGGCAUCGACAUUGCCCAGCACUCCAAGCUUUACGCAUGCAGACCUUGUCGCCCCGAAUAUUGUGCUCGCCACGGGACCAGAUGCAAUAGUUGCGCCUGUCAUCGACUGGGCCGAGGCCGGGUGGCACCCCGGCUACUGCGUCAACGGCGAGGUCCAAGACGAAUGGCGCGCCUACAACUCCAUCUUCAACAAUGAUCCCAACCCGCCGCGUCUCAUCGGAAACUUUCCCAUCCUCCCGCUGCGCACAAAGACCCGCGGGCCGGCCUACACCCUUCCCAUCCCGUCGCCCCCGCUGCCUCCCAACGAGUCGCCCGACCCAGACAGCGACAGCUACGAUAUCCUCGACGAGAUCAUCUCGCUCUUCCGCGCCAACGCCUUUUUCCGCAACUUUGAGAUCCAGGGCCCUGCAGAUCGCCUGCUCGUGUACGGCAUCUGGUUCCUGAGCGACUGUUUGCAAAAGAUCAAGCCUAGCGCGACGGCGAGAGACGCGCAGAAAGACGUCACGAACUUGGCCCUCGAUCUGAACUUUGCCAUACCCGGAGACCCGGGCUUUCCGUUGAAUCAGAUGUACGAGCCGGCUAGGGAUAGACAGGAUGCCGAACUUUUGAGGCAAUACAUGUCCCAGGUACGACAGGAGCUGGCGGCGCGAUUGCUUGCACGGGUGUACGCAGACGACGAAAACAAGCCUAGCAAGUGGUGGUUGAGUUUCACAAAGAGAAAGUUCAUGGGCAAGGCGUUGUAA